GUCUUGUGUCUUGUCUUGUUUGCUUGUCUCGAAUAACCUGGGUGGCCAAUUCGCCCUGCUCUUCUCGCUUGCAUAUAUACACACACUUCUCUACUUACCUACCUAACCAGGUAAACACACCUGCAUUGGACCCAGCAACGGCCCUAUUACCCACCCAGCUCUACAUACCAUUAUUCUCUUCCUCUUGGAAGACGAUUAAUAUCCAUAUAUACUUGAUACCACCACAUCCUCCAUUGCCCUGCCUGGCUGUCUCUAGCGGCGACGACUCCUCCUUUGAUUUGCCUGCCUGGCCGACUGACUGACUUGACUGACUUGACUGAGCGACUGCGCCUAGCCGUUGGUUGCCCCGCGCCCACCUCUGCAGCAGCAAACUUGCGGCGGCGCUCCACCUCCAAAAUUUGAUCCCACGCACUUUUGUAUCACUGCGGCGGAAAAAAAAUGUUCGAGCUCCUCUAAGACCACCCGACAUCUCCAGUCGCUUUUGCUUGCUUUGCUCUGAUCUGCCCCACUCCCAACCCACCACCAUUUGCUACACUGGCCAUCGCUACCUAUCGACUGACAAUGCAUCCCGCUGCCAGACCCAGCUUGAGCCUUGAGCCUCUGCUACUCCCGCAUUCUCCUCCUCCUCUUCCUCCUCCUUGACCAUCCUCCUCCUUCCCCUGCUACUUCGCUUCCUGAAUUGCCACAUAGCGCUGCCUCUGCGCGUCGUCAUCCUGUCUUCCCCACAGCUCUCGCACUUUUCCAACCUCCUCCUCAACCUCCAGAGCGAACAUCGCCCUCCCCGCGCCGCCCCCCGCCAUAUACCCCACCUGCAGUCCGUCAUGUCGUGGGAGCCUCAAGAAGAACCCUUGCGGCAGCUUGUCCAGUGUCUGCGGGACACCGUCGGUGCCCGCGACCAGGCCACCCGCGCAAAUGCUGAAACGAUGCUCAAAUCCGCCAGGGCCUCUCCUGACAUUGACAAAUAUCUAGCCUAUGUUUUCGUCAACAGCCAAACACCGCCCGCCCUCAAUGUUGACCAGCAAGGCUACGAUCAGGCUCGCGCUGCCGCUGCUACCAUGCUCAAAAACGAUAUCAAAUUGACCUACAAACAAAUGCCCGACGACUCUAGGACCUACAUUCGAUCCGUUAUUAUCCUUGGAUUACAGGACUCUUCCUCCCAAAUGCGAGGCUUUGCUGGAAACGUCAUAACUGAAAUCGUACGGCAGGGCGGCAUAAUGGGCUGGCCCCAGGUUCUUUCGGACCUAGCUGGCAUGGUUAGCAACACAGACGGGAACACCAGUCAGCAGGCCCAACAGGGUAGCAUGGGUGCGCUUCUCAAGAUUUGCGAGGACAACAGGAGGGCCCUCGACAGAGAAUACCAGGGCCAGCGACCUCUAGCCUUUCUAUUCCCAAAACUUUUGGAAUUCACCACUAGCCAAUUACCCAAAGUGCGCUCAGAUGCAUUGGCUGCCAUCAACAUAUUCAUACCAGACAAAUCACAGGCGGUCGCGUCCAACAUAGACCCUCUGCUGCUCCAACUCUUCCAACUAGCCGGAGACCCAAGCGAUGAAGUGCGCAAGCAUGUCUGUCGUUCCUUCGUUCACAUAGCCGACCUGGCCCCGGAGAAAAUUGUGCCUCAUAUGCAAGGUCUGGUCGAUUACAUGGUGACACAGCAGCGGAACGUGGAGAACACCGAUCUCGCUUUGGACGCCGCUGAAUUCUGGUUGUGCGUGGGUGAAAAUGAGAAUAUGCGACAGCACCUGGGACCUCAUCUCGCCAAGAUCGUGCCCGUUCUGCUAGAGAGUAUGGUCUACUGUGAGGAUGAUAUAUUGCGUCUGGAAGGAGAAAAGGAGGACGCCGAACUCGAGGACCGGGAGCAAGAUAUCAAACCCACUUUUGCCACGAGCAAAUCCGCUAGGCUGACAGGCAAUGCAAACGGAACUGAGGCACCGAACGCCAAUGGCGGCAACGGCGCCAACCCAGAGGAUGACCUAAGCGACGGUGAAAUCGAAGAUUGGGAUGAUGAUGACUCAAUAGGCGACGACCCAGAAGACCAGUGGAAUCUGAGAAAGUGUUCUGCUGCUGCGUUAGACGUUCUUGCUUCCGUUUUCCACGAGCCGGUAUUCCAAGCUACCUUGCCGUACUUGACAGACAACCUCAAUCAUGCCGAGUGGCCCAAUCGAGAGGCGGCUGUCCUCGCCCUCGGGGCCAUCGCCGAUGGCUGCAUGCCUGCAGUUGAGCCCCAUCUGCCCAUGUUGACACCUUACAUGAUCUCACUUCUCAGCGACACAGAACCUGUUGUCCGCCAAAUAACUUGCUGGUCGCUGGGCCGGUACUCGGGAUGGGCAUCUCAACUAGAUGCGAAUGGUCAGCAGCAGUUCUUUGUGCCCAUGAUGGAUGGUAUAUUGCAGAGGAUGUUGGACAACAACAAGAAAGUGCAAGAGGCCGCUGCCUCUGCAUUUGCCAAUUUGGAAGAGAAGGCCAACAAGCAUUUAGUCGGGUACUGCGCCAUCAUUGUCCGACAGUUCGUCCAGUGCUUUGCCAAAUACAAAGACCGGAACAUGUACAUAUUGUACGACUGCGUCCAGACACUGGCUGAACAUGUGGGCCCCGCACUUGCCGAGGAUGAACUCGUUGGCAUGCUCAUGCCCGCACUCAUACAACGAUGGAACAAGGUCUCGGACCAGUCGAAAGAGAUGUUCCCUCUGCUCGAGUGUCUGUCCUACGUCGCUACUGCGUUGGGUCCUCACUUCGAACGCUAUGCGCCAGGCAUAUUCACACGAUGUGUCCUCAUCGUACACCGCAACCUUGAAGAAACUGUGCUGGCUGGCGAGAACCCAGGUGUGGAUAUUCCGGACAAAGACUUCCAAGUCACUAGCUUGGAUCUGAUCAGUGCCAUCAUUCAGGCCAUCAGCCUACCUGCCAGUGCAGAACUAGUUGGCAGAGCACAACGGUUCUUCGAGUUGCUGGCUUUCUGCAUGAAGGAUCCAAGCAACGAUGUUCGACAGUCAGCCUAUGCGCUCCUAGGUGACUGUGCCAUCUACGUUUUUGACCAGCUGCAGCCCUGCCUUCCCGAAAUCUUUGAGAUUCUCAUAUCGCAACUUGAACUCUCACAGGUCAUGCUCGAUGGCGAGGAGACGGGCUAUUCUGUCAUUAAUAAUGCUUGUUGGUCAGUAGGAGAGAUUGCUAUGCGGCACAAGGAUGGGAUGCAACCAUACGUGGAGCGUUUGGUCCAAAAAAUUGGCACAAUACUGUUUAACGACAAAGUUCCCGAGUCUCUCAACGAAAACGCCGCCAUUGCGCUCGGGAGACUAGGCAUGGGCUGUUCGCAAUACCUAGCGCCCCAUCUCGCGCAGAUCGCACCCCCCUUCCUUCAAACCAUCAAGCACGUCAUGUGGACGGACGAGAAAGGCCACGCUUUAACGGGCUUCAUGCACAUCAUUCUCGCAAACCCUUCCGCAAUGGAACAGAGUCUCCUGGAAUUCUUCAACGAGAUGUCCGACGCCAACGUUAGCCUCGUCAAAGGACCCUCUGCCGAUCACAAAGCCCUCCGCGACACAUUCCAACAGGUUAUCGAACAGUACAAGGGUAUGAUACCCGACUUCGACGGCUUCCUGCAAAACCUUCCCCAACGUGGCAAGUUCCAAGCGCUGUAUGGUGUCUGA